AUGUUCUCCACGGUGUCAUUCAAAUCUUCGUUCGUGUUCUUGCUUAUUCUCCUCUCGCUGGUCCACACUGGACUUGCAGACGAACCCCAGUAUGUGGUAGCGAUCAUAGACGGACAGCGAAUGCGAGUCCGAGACGACAGGAAGCCAGCUCUGUAUACUGCAGAUUAUGGAGACUGCUUAGGCGAAAGCGCCAUCAAUGUCACGCGAUUCGAUGCCGCAUACUACAAGGACAACAUGACCAUCAUCUUCCACUUGGCCGGAGAGACGGCUCUCACGAAUGAGACUAUCAUGAUGUACAUUGGAGUGUACGCAUAUGGCGAGAACCGGUUCGAUCUAACCUUCAACCCUUGCAGUGCCAACAUUGAGAGCGCUUGCCCUGUCAAAGCCGGUACUCCGAUUGAGGCGGCAGGAAUCAUUCCUAUCAGCCAACACGACGUCGCUGGGAUUCCUAAGCUUGCGUUGAGUAUCCCCGAUUUCGAGGGCGAAGCCAUCCUCAGGCUAUUCUCGAACUCAACGCAAACGGAGAUUGGUUGUUUUACCGCUCAGAUUACUAAUGGCAACACGUUUCAGCAGAAGGUCGCCGUAGGUUCUGUCUUGGGCGCAUUUACAUUUGUUGCCGCUCUUUCGUCUUUUGCUACCGCAAUCUACGGGGAAGAUAUUGCCGUUAUACGCAAACACUACGCCCACUCGCUUUCGUUUCAAGUUGUCUUCGCUGUGUGGCACCACAUCUUCUAUAGUGGAGCCCUGUCCAUGAAUUGGCCGAGUGUCUUGGUUGCGUUCUGGAACAAUUACGCCUGGGCCGGUGGCAUGAUAUACUCCGAAAGCAUGCAGAACUCGAUCAAUGACUUCGUCGGGGUAAACAAAGGCAACAUUUCUCACGUUGGCGCUGCAGGAACUGGUGUGAGCAAUCCAAGUCUCGGAGGUGGAUAUGACAUCCAUCAGAUUUACAAACGAGGCAUUCUUUCGAAAGACCUGAGUAUCCAAAAUAGGGUAUCGAAACGACACCUCGUCGACACCACCAGCGGCUUCAAAUAUGAUGGGCAGCCUGUUAAGCCUGGGCUUCCUCUACCAGGGAACUAUUCUGGGUUUGCUGGAACGCUUUCUCAGGAGCGCAUCCCCGCGAGCAACGCAUUCAUGACCGGUUUGCUCUGGUUUCUAGCCUUGUUAGCUGGCAUUGCCGUCGCCAUAGUCGUACUCAGGGUUUCUCUGGAAGGGUUGAGCAGGACACAACUCAUCAAGCAGAAUCACCUCGCUCUCUUCAAGGCUUAUUAUCUUGGCUAUACGGCGGCCGCUCUUCUCCGUACGCUCUUUAUUGGAUUCUUCAUGAUGACGUUCCUCGCCAUGUUCCACAUCUCAUAUCUCGCCACCCUUGGGCCAGUCGCCGUUGCUUGUGUGGUCCUCAUCGGCAUGGUCUUUGGUCUAGGGGCUGUUGGUGGUAUGGCCUGCUACUAUAGGAUGACGGGAACGAAAUCGAUGCAUGGCGAUGAAGGGUAUAUCAGACAUUUCGGCUGGCUUACCUCACGAUACCGUAGGACGCGCUGGUGGUUCUUCGUCUUAUGGAUUGUCUACGACUUUGUCCGGGCUUGCCUACUUGCGGGGCUUUCCAGUCGGCCCACCAUCCAGGUCUUCGGUCUCCUUGCAGUGGAGUUCAUUGCAUUCGUGAGCGUGAUCUUCUUACGCCCAUUCGAGAGCCAGCGUUUGAAUGUCGUCGUCAUUUACUUCCUCGGGUUCAGCAAGUUGGCCACUGUUGCUCUAUCUGCGACAUUCAACACGCGAUUCAACCUUCCUCGUAUUCCCGCUACUGUGAUUGGACUCAUCAUCAUUGUUAUCCAAGGGCUCUUGACGAUCGUGGUGAUGAUAGCCAUCGUCAUAGGGGCGAUUACAAGCUACAUGUCCGUCAUGCGGAAUCGGGAAGAGAUCAAACCGGCGCAAUGGAACUCAAUUCGCGAGAAGUAUUUCGAGAAUAUGGACUUCAGGGCACAAGAUAUUCCACGACCACGACCAGCUCCUGUGGAGUCGAUACCUGAGGUGACUAAUGGUCCGUACUUCAACGUCAGGCAUGUGAAGCGGAUGGCCAAAGUUGAGGAUGAGGAUGCCGAGUUCAUGGAGGAGAUAUACAACAAUCCUUCCGUUUCCCAGCUUUCUUUAUGGGGCCAUAACCGCCCUGGAUUUGCUGACUUGCCAUCUCCGCGUGGCAGGGCAGCGAGCAUUCAGUCAACGACGUCGCAUUCAAGUCUGCCGAAGGCUGCUCGCCUCCAUCGCGCGAGCUGGAGCUCACAGAGCUAUGGCGGCUCGCAGCGUCCGGGACGCGUCAGGACCGUAAGCAACACCAUGUCUACACCUAGCAGGCCGAAUCGCCCUUCCACUCGAAGCCGGCCUCGCCAAUAUACUCAACUUGGGAGCCUCGAAGAUCUUGACAGAGAACCUAGUCCUCGUCACGCCGCCGCGAGCCAGUCCAGCACUCCGACAAUUUCUCCCGCUUCGCGAUCUUCUCGUGAUACUGCAAUGGCGAGUUCAGGGGCACGGGCCGUAAGCAGAUUGGCCUCUAGGUCACGGUCGAGCUCGAGGCCGAAUCUAGUGACGAGAAUCAGCGAGGAGAUACCUCCGUUGCCAGAAAACAGUGGUGAGAGAGAGACAACAAAGCGACAGCGUGCUAGUGGUAUAACGAAAGCCAUGCGACAGUAG